AUGGAUUCUGACGUUUCCAUCGACAACCUGGUCAGUCUUGUCGAAUAUGUGUCGCUGUGUGACUCGUACAUUAAUACUGACCCACCGGCGCAACUCUCGAGCGCAAAUAGGAAUAUCGCAGCGGAAACGCCGUUAUAUGAGCGGCUGGACACCCACACUGCCCAUUCGUCGGUCGUUUCGGAGGAUUCCCCCGUUUUCUUGCCGGAACAAGUUGAAACGGGCCGCGUUCUACAGGACGAUUCCGUCUGCACCAACCUAGUCUGCAGUUCUACCAUUUCAAGUCUAGAGCGUAAGGUUAAACUGUUGGAGACUCAGAAUUCGCAGCUCAUCGUCAACACCUGCUCCCUCUACAACACACUCACAAAGCACAUAGAAUCGCUAAGGGAGGAGCUACGUCGCAAGGAUGAAGUGAUAAAUAACAUGUAA